AUGGCAUCUAUCGCAUCAAAACCAGCUCUAGUUACAUUGCGACAACUAUUAUCCAAAUUGCGCCAUCAGAGUUCUACAAAGAAACUGUCUGAAAACCAAAUGGUUCAGUACAUUUUCGGUCAAUAUAGAAAAUAUCAGACCACAGAUAAACAGCUAUGUAAAGCAGCCGAAGAGAUGCAUUAUAAAGCUAAGACAUACUACAAUUACCUCCACCAUUCUAGAAGAUACAAGGAAAUCAAUACCGAAUUUAAAGGCAAAGGCGAGAGAAGUAUUCAAGAAACUGCUAAUAUGGUUGGUUUUAAAUUACCCCAUGAUCCCAAACCUUAG